UAAUAAUACGCAGGAACCAUCAUUUGUAUCGACGACCUAAGAGUGACGGAGCAACAGUACUUGUCGCCGGCCGACCUCGUAAAAUCCCCGGCAUUGCUUCCGUUCAGAUGACAGACUGUGUUGGUGGUCUACGCAGAGUGCCUCCUGCGUUACCAUGAUGGGUGUGGUCAGUCAAUCUUUUACUGCAUGGAAUAAUUCCAUGCAACGAGGGUGUAUGUGUACGGUAGUCCGAGACCGGGUGACUAGGAUAUUGAUAGAGUCAGUGAACUAUAUAUGUUCACUUUCGGCAAACAACAAUAUUUUCCACUCUCUACAAAAGUCUCGGGUUACAUAAAAAAAAAUUCGUAGGAAAACUAUUACCACUACUUUACGUUCUUUAGUUUAAGAACACUAAAGUACACACUUAGAAGUUUUGGAAAAAAAGAAAGAAUCAAUUUUAUGUGGGUAUCAUCAAGCCAUCCACCAUCUCCUUUACUUAUAGUAAUAAAAUCAAUUACAUUGUUUUUAUGAAAACAAAGAACUGUCAGUCCAUCCAAAUGCAACGCUACAUCGCUUCAUGAAUAGAACAAGAUAGGUGAAAAGAUAAAAUAAAAUGAUUUUUUUUUUAUUGCCAACAUCAAUCUGAUAACACCGAAUUAAUUCGUAUGUAUAUCCGAAUUGAUAACAUCAAUCUGUAAAUAAGUUUGAUAAAAACGUUAAGAGUUUCUAAAUAAGUAUGGUCCCUCUCCCUCAUUAUCAACACCCUAAUUAAUUAUUGGUCAACAUCACAUUGGGAUGCAACGUCAAACCCCGGCCAACAUACUUUUAUAACAAUGACGACGAAGUCACAUUGGAACAUAGAAACAAACACCGCCUCUCUUCUCUCGUGACAAAACAAAACCCCGGCAAGAUAAUUAAGUACUUAAUUAUUGUGUGCCGGAAUUCCAAUUCAUAUGAAUAACAGCAUUAUUAAUGAAUUAAUAUAUAAAAAGAUAUCCAAAUCCUGAGCUCUCUUAAUCGAAUGUUGUAUAUAAGCAGCUACCUAGCUACCACCAGUAUCAACAUCCAUACAUAUAUACAAAUCACACUUAAGUUGAAGAUUUCCUAGCCAUGGCGAUGAUAAUGAACAUGCCCAAUACCAUCACCAAGUUGGCCAUCUUGCUUCCCUUCAUCUUAUGCAUGCUUGCAGCCCUUCUGCCUUCAAGCGAAUCCGCGAGAACGAUUACUGCUUCAACAACGGCUGCUUCCAACGAUUCUAGCCUCACAGAUCAUGGUCAGAUCAAUCUCAGGUACUACGAAACUCUCGAUCCCAGCAGAUCGAUCAGGAUCUCUGAUGAUCCACGCACCUCCAAAUAUUGUAAUUGCGACACAUCUGUUAGAAGGAGAGCAGAGUGAGACGUCGGACUUUUCUUAUUUUUUUUUUUUUUCUGUGAAGCUGAUACAAAAUUAUAUUCGGAAUCAGACUAGCGAUCGAUUUUAUCAAUGAGGGAUGGGUUAGCAUGCUAACCCCUUAAGGGUUGGAAAAUGACACCCUUGUUAAUUGGUCAAUUUUUCAUUAAUUAUUGACUAGUAUUAAUGAAAGUAACCAUAAUAAAUGUUCUGUUAUUAAAUACAAAGUAAGCAUUAAAUACACCACAUUAAUUACUCGUUUUUUAAAAUAAAAUCUAAACAUACAAAAAUAGAAUUCUCUCUCUCAUCUUUGAUCUUUCUCUCUCCUAUCUCUAUUCUUCCUUUCCGAGCAGCCUCCGACCACCAAGUUUCCUCCGACCACCACAUUUCGCCGGUAAAAUCCGCCGACAGACUCUCUCCGGUCACCUGCAAAAAUAUACCACUGCACUGAUAUGUUGUACCACUGUACUGGUAUUUGUACCACUGCACUGAUACUCAUAUAUGACAUUGGUACCAGUGCACUUAUAUCACUACCAGUGCAGUGGUAUAGCUAACAAUGUAGUGGUACAACAUAUCAGUGCAGUGAUAUAUUUUUUGCAGGUGGUCGGAGGGAGUCUGCUGAGGAGAUUUUCACCGGAGAAGUGUGGCGGUCGGAGGAAGUCUGGUGGUCAGAGGUUGCUGAAAAAGGAAAAAUCAUAUAGAGGGAAAGAGAAUAUAUUUAGUGUAGGUUUUAAUUUGAAAAAAAAAAGAUAAUAAUUAAUAUGGUGCAUUUAAUUCCUAAUGUGUGUAUUAAAUUCUAUAGUUGUAUUUAAUACACUAGGGUGUCAUUUUUCCAACCCCUUAGGGGGAUUAGCACGCUAACCCAUCCCCUCUUGAGCUCAGCGGCGGACCUCAAGAGUACAUAAUUUAUUGUUUUUUUUCCCAACGCUGAGCUCGCUAGCUAGUGGAUAUAUAAUAUAUAGCAGCUUUAAUCCCGACCCAACCCGGUCAACGUGGGUAAAAUCCUUGUUGACGGGUUAUGGGCCGGGUUUGAAUUUAAACCCGUUCACUAUUCACCGUGUUGGGUUGGGUUUGGGUUUGGGUUUAGGUAAACCCGACCCAUGGGUACCCGCUCACACCCAUAUAGUUUAUUUUCUCGGUAUAUUUAAUAUUCUAAACAAUAAUCUUAUUUAUGUUUGCGGAGACAUGUCUAAUUUUUUCUUUCAAAUUGUGUCGAAAGAAGUUGAUGUUAUCGAGUGGAGAGCGAAGAAACUUAAUUGAAAAGAAGAAGCUUUCAAUUAACCAUGUUAUUUAUGGAUAAUUUGUGAUUUGCUUUAAUUUUCUUGAGUUUUCUAGAUUGGUGUUGAACAAUUUGUAUAGUUAAUUUGUGAUUUGCUUGAAUUUUCUAGAAUGGUGUUUUAUAUAUGGAUAAUUUGUAUUGAGAGAUUGAUAUUUGACUUUAAUUUUGAUAGGAACUUGUUAUUGUAAAUUUUUUACGACAAAAACCCGUGGGUACCCAUGAACCCACGGAUACCCAGCGGGUUGGGUUGGGUUUGAGUUUUUCAAACCCAAUGGGUUUUACCCCGGCUUUUUUUCACGGAUAAACUCAUGGGUUUGGGUUUGGCAAAACCCUACCCAACCCAACCCAUUGCCAUCCCUAACGGUCAAUGUGAUAAUACGCAGGAACCACCAUUUACACCGACGACUUAACAGUAGCAGAGGAAGAACACCUGCCGCCGGCGGACCUCGUAAAACUUCCGGCGAUGCUUCCGUCCAGACAGAUUGUGGUGGUUGCACCUACUUUAAUUGCCUUAUACGUUACGACCCUGUUGUUGAAUGUGGUGACCCUAGGCGUUACUACAUGGAUUGCGACUGUCAAACCAAUGAUUGCGCGUGUUGGGGCCGUUAGACACACAUAAUUAAGUCCAGUAACAGUUUAAUUUGGGAACAAUCUUGUGGGAGAGGAGCUUGUUUAAUUUUAUUCAAACAAUAAAUGGUUGUAAGUACU